GAUUCCUUCUUCCAAUUGCUUUCUCUCUCUUUCUUCUCUCAUCUCUCUCUUCCUCUUUCCCAAUUGCUCCACACCAGACUACACUGUUUAAUGCCAUCUUGCUAUUUCGCCACCAUGUAACGGUCGGUCAAGAAGAACAUGUCUGUUUGAAAAAGAAAAAAAUUUCUGAUCGGAAGUCGUAGCUCAAUCUCUGGGUUCUUCUUCGAUGGCUUCCUCUUCGAACUCUGAAUUUCAAGGUACAUACGACAUUUUCUUGAGUUUUAGGGGCUUAGACACCCGUAAAAAGUUCACCGAUCACCUCUACGAGGCUUUGAAGCGAGAGGGGUUUGAAACAUUCAGGGACAAUGAAGGGAUUGAGAGGGGUGAGAACAUCAAAACUGAGUUGCAGAAAGCAAUUUGGAACUCUAGCAUGUCGGUGAUCGUGUUAUCGGAAACCUACGCCACUUCGAAAUCGUGCCUAUUUGAAAUCCAGACGAUUCUCGAACACUACAAGAAGAAGUCGGAUCAUUUUAUUUUGCCCGUGUUCUACGAGGUGGAUCCGGGGAAAAUUAAGGAGCAAGCAAAAAAAUUGGAUUUCGGAGAAGAGAAAGCAACGGUUGAAGAAGUGGAGGGAUGGAGUGCGGCGCUUAAGGAGGUUGCGAGUAUGGCUGGCAUGGUUUCCGGAAAUCAAACUGAUGGGUAUGAAGCCGAGUUCAUUAAGGAAAUUAUUGGUGCACUCAAAAGCAAGCAAACCGACAAGCACCUGAGGGAUCUUAACGAAAACAUGCAAAAUCUCAAGAGAAAGGUAGAGUACUUGAGUGGUCAAGAGAAUGACAUAAAUUCACAAAUUAGCAAUGCGGAGCGCCGGCCAGGGAAAAGACCAAAGAAAGAAGUUGAAGUUUGGCUCACAAAUGUGCAACGGUUUAAAGAUGAUGUGCAAAGGCUUGAGCAAGAAGUAGUUGGAGAAACGACGAAUGUCUCCUCGCGUAUGCGGUUGGGAAAGGAUAUCGCCAAGAAGAUUCUAGAGGUGCAAGAACUCCAGAAAAAGGGCAGUGAUUUUAAUAGUUUGAUGAUUGAUGAAGAAACAACCGGUAGACUGUUGCAACCACUAACGGAAGAUUUUGUUAAAUGCACAAAGGCAAGGAACACAGAGAACAUUUGGAAAUGCGUGACGAAUGAUGACGUCACAAAGAUUGGUGUUUAUGGAAUGGGGGGCGUUGGCAAAACAACCACCAUGAAGUACAUUCACAAUCAGCUCUUGGAAGAAAAAGGCAAGUUUGAUAAUGUGUAUUGGGUCACUGUAUCUAAAACAUUCGAUAUUACAAAGCUACAGAGCGACAUAGCUAAGGCACUAAAACUUAGGUUUUCGGAUGAUGAGGACGAAACAAUAAGAGCAUUAGAAUUACAUGCAGUGCUCAACCGACAGAAAAGGUACGCCCUUAUCUUAGAUGAUGUAUGGGAGAGAUUUGAUCUGGACAGCGUGGGUGUUCCAGAACCGAAGAGAUCUAACGGGUGUAAACUUGUUCUUACUACACGAUCGUUAGAAGUGUGUAAAAGGAUGAAGUGUACACCUGUAAAAGUGGAUCUUCUCACAGAGGAGGAAGCGCUGACUCUAUUUCGCAGCAUAGUUGUUGGAAAUGACUCGGUGCUUGCUCCAGAUGUGGAAGAAAUUGCAGCUAAAAUUGCCAAAGAAUGUGCAUGUCUGCCGCUUGCAAUUGUUACGUUAGCUGGAAGUUGUCGGGAUUUGAAAGGAAUCCGUGACUGGAGAAAUGCACUAAAUGAAUUGAUCACUUCGACGGAAGACGCCAGCGAUGAUGUAAGUAAGGUUUUUGAGCAACUCAAAUUUAGUUAUAGUCGCCUAGAAAAUAAGGUGUUCCAAGAUUGUUUCUUGUAUUGUUCCUUGUAUCCUGCAGACCGUUUCAUCCCUGUGAAUGAGCUGAUAGAGUAUUGGAUUGCAGAGGAAUUAAUCGCUGACAUGGAUAGUGAAGAAGCACAGUUGGACAAGGGUCACGCUAUAUUGGGAAAACUAACAAGUAGCUGCUUAUUGGAUUGCGUUACCGAUAUAUACAAACAAGAAUGUGUUAGGAUGCAUGAUUUGAUCAGAGAUAUGGCUCUCAAAAUAACAGCAAGUAGUCCUAGAUUCAUGGUAAAUGCUGGUGAGACAAAAAAAAGGGUACCAUAUGAACUUUGGUCUGAUGAUCUUCAGAGGAUUUCCUUCAUGGAUAGUUUGAUAAGUGAACUUCCAAUUACACCACCUGUCUGCCCCCGGCUUACCACCUUACUUUUGAAUAUUAGCUAUCCGUCAAUGUUAGAAGUGAUUCCAAAUUGUUUCUUCUCCAAUAUGCCUUGUCUUGAGGUAUUGGAUUUGUCCAUGAGGAGAAUAACGUCACUGCCAGAGUCCAUCUCCAACUUGGAGAAUUUGCAUGCAUUAAUUCUGAACAGGUGUAACCAAUUAAAGAAUGUGCCGUCACUGGAGAAGUUGAAGGCUCUGAAAAUGUUUGUACUGACUGAUAGCGAAAUUGAAGAAUUACCGGAAGGUAUUGAAGAAUUGGUUAAUCUCAGAAAAUUCGACCUCUCAGGUAAUAAAAUAUUAAGGACGUUUCCUAGCUGGAAGUUACGUAGGCUCUCAAAACUCCAAUACCUUAGAAUUGACGAGACAGGAGUAGAAGUGUCCACAGAAGGUCUCCUGUGCUUGCGUCAAUUAAAAGUUGUCGCUGUCCACUUUCGCAGUGUACAGGAGCUUACUAGGUAUGCAAUAUCUCAGCAGUUCCAAGGGUUGCAGAAGUACCGUCUUAUAGUGGGAGAAGAACGUCUUCUGUUCGAAAGAGAUCUGAGAAAAGAGUUUAAUAUCAGUUAUAAAUCUGUACCUUUUGGAAGUUUAGUAUAUCAGCCAGUGCUCCCCGCAGAUAUAGAGUCCUUUGCGGUUGAUGGAUUCCACGAUCCCAUUAGCUUAUCAGCUAUUCCAUGCUUCAAAGAUGCCAAAGAUUUACGUAAAUGUUUAGUCAAUCAUUGUAACGGGUUAGAAUCCAUCUUUUCAUCAUCUACCUUUUCAGAAGAUGGCCAGAUCCCUCUAGGAACCGUCGAGUUCUUUAUUUUGACUGAGUUACCCAGAUUAAGGUUACUCUUUGACGGGAUUGCCCCACCACACAACAUUUAUUUCAACCUAAAAGAAUUGUCCAUCAAUAAUUGUGACGCUGUGUUGAAUAUUUUUCCUGUCCAGUUAUUGCAGAACUUCCCAAACCUCGAGAAACUUUCUGUAUGGCAGUGUGAGAAUGUGGAGGAUAUAAUAGUCGAAAUAGCAGAGACGAGUGAUUGGAGCAAUCAUCAAGAUUAUAACAACUCAAUCAGUCUCCCAAAACUCAUGCACUUAGAACUAGUUGACCUACCAAGACUGAAGAGUAUAUAUAAUGGGGUGAUGGUGUGUCCAUCUAUAACAAGAGUUCAAUUGCUUAAAUGCCCGAUGGUUAGGAGACUGCCGCUUUCGCUGCAUAUGGAUGGCGAGCAAGCAACACCACCACCUGCUCUCAAGCGCAUUGUUGUACACGAAAAAUGGUGGGAGUCUCUGCAAUGGGAUGAUCCCCUCACCAAAACAAUUCUUCAGCCUUGUAUAGGUUUUACCAAAUGGUUGUUGGACUAUAAAGGCUGUGAAGACGAUUAUUCUGAGGACUCUAAUGACGAUUUGAUUGAUCUCAACAAAUUGCCUGACAAGAUAAGUGAGAAUUCAAUUCAAGGGGUGGAGCCAGACAAGAAAUUGGGGAAGAUUUCAAAUGCAAAGCAAGUAAAAAGGUUAAGGGCAAGAAAUAAGUUAAAGGGGCAUUUUUGGUAUUCAAAUCGUUUGGAUCUUUUUAGAGCACAAAGAAGAUGCGGGAGUCUUCGCAUGAAAAAAUUGAUAUUUAGAGUGUAAUGGUACCUUGCCAACUGCAGUUUAGGAUUUCUUAGGAUUGUCUCAUCUAUUUCCUUCUUCUUGUAAUAUUUUGUUAUAUCAAUGAAAUAUUACUUUGUUUGCUUUUAAAAAAAAAAAAAAACAAA